ACACACACACACACACACAUGAGACUGAGAGAGCAAUAUAACUGAUCAAUCGCUCACACACUUUCUUGUCUCUCUCUUUAAGACACCCACUAACAAUAGCUAGCUAUCUCUGUACAUUAAUUUCUCUCUAAUAUGAACACACACACACACACUCGCCCAGACAAUAAGAGCAAACAGCUACAGCUCCAUCCGUUGCCCUCUGUGUGAGUGUUUGUGUUUGUUGUCUCUCAUAAUUACAAAAGCAAUACUAGCCAAGAUUGUCUUCCACCCCCCACCCCAAUAUAUAGCUUUCUUUUCUUUUCUUAGUACUACCAUCACCACUCUCACCUCUCUCACUCCUGACUUCUCUCUCCCUUUACGCCCUCCACCACCCCCGAAAAUGCUGCCCUAUAGCUGAUUCUGCCCAAACAGUUUCUCAUCUCUUUCUCGAGUCUCUCAAGUCAAGUGUGUGCGCGUGUCUCUCCAUUUUAUCCAUCCAUCUGUCUGUUUGUUUAUCACUUUUAUUGUCAGUCGUCCCCCGGCACGUCGUCCAGAAAUGGCACCGAGGAAUGACAGAGCUAACGCUAAGAAGGUAAUGAACAAAGGAGCGUGGACAGCCGAGGAAGACCAGAAGCUCUCCCAGUACAUCGAAAUCCAUGGGCCCAAGAGGUGGAAAACUAUUGCUAUGAAAUCAGGUUUGAACCGAUGCGGGAAGAGCUGCAGACUGAGGUGGCUGAAUUACCUUAGACCGAACAUCAAGAGAGGCAACAUUUCGGACGAGGAAGAGGACUUGAUACUCCGGCUUCAUAAGCUCCUCGGUAACAGGUGGUCCUUGAUUGCGGGGAGACUUCCAGGGAGAACAGACAACGAGAUUAAGAACUACUGGAAUUCUCAUUUGAGCAAGAAAAUAAACCAGAAGGAGAAGACACAGCAGCCCUCCCCCGCCCAGGAAUCUGCCCCACCCCCGAAGCUGGUGGAAUCCGUCCAGGCCGAUGAGAACCAAGGGACUAAAACCACGGCCAACUUAGAUGUCAACUUCGACGUGAACGAGUUCUUUGACUUCUCGACCGGGGGAUCCUAUGGUCUAGAGUGGGUAAAUAAAUUCCUCGAGCUCGACGAGGAUAGUUGGAUGCUUGAGAAAGGUGAGGGGAAGAGAGGAUUGUUAUAAUAUGUGUUUUCUCCUUUCGGGAAUUAAUGGUUUUCUUAUGACUCUUAAUUAUUCUUAUGUACAAUUUUAUCAAUAAAUUAAGAAAACCAUUUCUCCA